AUGGACGUGCCGCGCGGCGGCGGUGGAGACGACGGCACGUCGGAGAACCGCCGGAGGGGGCCGGGGAAACGGGGCGGCGUUGCCCCGGCUCCGCCCCUGGACGGAGCGGCGCACGCCCCCUGCGGCGCGUGCAAGUUCUUGAGAAGGAAGUGUAUCAGUGGAUGCAUAUUCGCCCCCCAUUUCGGAUCCGAUCAGGGGGCUGCGCGGUUCGCCGCGGUCCACAAGGUGUUCGGCGCCAGCAACGUGUCGAAGCUGUUGUUGCACAUUCCGGCUAACCGACGGCACGACGCCGUCGUCACGAUUUCGUAUGAGGCCCAGGCUAGGCUCUCCGAUCCUGUCUAUGGCUGUGUCUCUACAAUUAUUGCUUUGCAACAACAGGUGGCAUCACUUCAAGCAGAGCUAUCAGUUGUUCAAACACAGCUAAUAAACAGCAGAUUUCUAAUGGCGAAUGCUCUUCAAAGCUCCCCUCAUCAGCAACAUCAACAUCAACAACAGCAGCAAACGGCGCCGAUCGGCGCAACGUCCAUGGUGCAGCCAGCUUAUUCUAACACUUCUUCCGCGUCGAAUAACCUCGUCAGUAUGCACAGUUUUGGCCCCAGCUAUGGUGACACUGCCCCCUCCAACAGUUUUGAUCCCAUUCCUCAUUUGUCGACAGCCGCUGCCGGAGGCGGCGGCGGCCGCCACCUCGAAGACGAAGAAGAAGAAGAAGAAGAAAGCCAUGAUCCUCUUGCUUUUGCUAAUCACAUUUUUCACUGA